CGCUGUAAUUUUUUCCAUCAUAGAUUCGCAUAAUCAUAAUUUUUAUAGGUUAACCUUUUAACCCGACCAUUAAAAAGUGCUUCCAGUUAUCACAUCUGUGUGGCAUAGAACAGUUUAGCGGUUAAGCUGAGCGUAAUUCUGCCGAACAACAAGGAAGCAUCAAGAUACCGUCGCAGAUUUGGCAGCUAUUCUAUAAAAUCAUCCACGAUGGAAAUACCUUGCUUGCUACUUAUAACCGCGUAUAUAAUACUCGCCACCGACGCGGCAAAAAGCCCCACGAUCCCGCCCAAGUCCCCCAUCAAAACCAAACCCCCGACGACGAAAAAGCCGGCCACGGGAAUUACGGCGAAGAUCGCGGAUGACCUUUUAACCACCCAGUCCACCACCGUCAAUGAGAUGACCUAUCCGCGGCGCACCUGUGUCUGCGAUAUCGGGAUCAUCAAUCACGUGAUGCUGAUGCCGGUGCACGAGAAAUCGCGGCCGUUGAAGAACUGCGCGGUGGCCGUGGAGUACUGCAAGCAAAUGUGCGUGCCGGCGGUGGUGCGGCAGAUUCUGGGCUUCCGGGGAUCGGUCAAUGGGAAGGAUGAAUUGAAGGAUGUCCCGCUGUCGAUUAAGCCGUUUUGGGAGGCACACCGGACGCUCGGCGAGGCGCUAUGCCAAAGUCUGGGAAAGGAAACCGGGAAACCGUUGGAAUUAGCGGUGUACGCGCAAGCCAAGAGCUGCGGCCGGCGCAUCCAGGCCGUCAACGGGACCUUCCCGGACCGAUUAUGCUGCCAACUGGACGGCGAGGUCUUCCGCUCCAGCGUGUGUCCCGAACCAAUCACCGAACGCACCCUCCCGACCACCGUACCCACCACCACCCUCCUCCCGACCACGCCCCUCACCUCCAAGGUCACCCAUAAGAAGAAGGGGUCAAGGACGCGCGGCCUGACCGUCCCGACCACCUCCCGCCGGCGGACGACCACCACGACGACGCCGGUGACCUCGACGAUGGCCGAGCCGGGUCCGGAAGAGGCGGAGGGGGAUAGUCCGCCUGGUUCCGGGAGUCCGGUGGGGGGAGGGGGGCGGGACAUGAUGCCGGAGCCCAGUGAGCUGCGAUCGCGGACGGCGCUGCAGUUUAGACGGUUUAUGCAUAUGCUCCGUAGUCCGGCUAUAUGAUUGCCGGUUUAAUAAUACUUAAGUUAUUCGAUUGAACUGGGCUCAUUUUUUCUCCGUUGAAACUUGAAACCGACUGUUUAUUAACUGGUUAUUAUGAGGUUUUUGUACUGUUCUCGUACGUGAUGUAUGAGCAAGGUUGUGCGUCACU